GCACGUUUAUUUAAUCCACCCUAUACUCACUUGGAAAGAAAAGAGAAGGUUAUUUCGCCGUUUUUGUUUAUGGUUCGUCAUCACUCUGCUUAACGAACGCCGAGUGCAUUCACUCAUAAUCGCUCCUUCGUUCGAUCAAUUCUUUCCCCAGGUGUUUUCGAAUCAAGAAACAAUGGUUGGAAUAACCAAACUGAGGAUAAAUUUUGGACCUGAAGGCUCCGUCAAAGCUUUCCAAACGUUUAACAACUGCACUGAGAAACCAGUCGGUAAAGAAGAAGAAGAUGUAACUAAACCCGCGAAUCAGUCCAGGAAGCGUGGACCUGACGAGCUAGGGGAGUUUCAGGCUAACAAGAAGCAGAAGCUGAACCGUGUUUUGUCUAGUCAGUGUCUUAACCUCUUGAAAUCUUUGAGAGGGCACGAGUUUGGAUGGCUGUUUGGCGAGCCUGUGGAUCCUGUUAAGCUCAACAUUCCUGAUUACUUCUCUGUGAUAUCGAAGCCCAUGGAUCUAGGCACUAUCAGUUCCAAGCUUUUGAAGAAUGUGUACAGCAGUGCGGAUGAGUUUGCGGCAGAUGUCAGGUUGACUUUUGACAAUGCGUUGACGUAUAAUCCUCCGGAGAAUUUUGUUCACGAUGUGGCGAAGGAGCUUCAGGUGAUUUUUGAGGCUAGAUGGGAAUCGCUUAGGAAGAAAAAGGUUUCGGAUUUACACGGGGAGAAAGUUACAGAAGGUUCCUCUUUUAGAAGGCAACCAGUUGAAGUGGGUUGGAUUAGACAGAGCAGCCCUGAAACGUCAGCAUCCUCUGGGAGGUUCUCUGUGGAAUUGCCAAAACAGGCGAAGGAAAAGUCCCAAAAGGUUCCUCUUUUGUUAAAACCAGUGACAAAGCUGAGCAAAAAGGAUACUCCUGUUGUCACGCCGGCAGCUUUAGCAACAAAGUUGAGGAUUAAGAAAUUCGAGCAGGGUCAUGGUUCGACUGUAGAAAACCCAAGCAAAGGUUUGAUUCCAACUUCAGCCUGCAAAUGUAGUUCAUGUGGUAGAAUAACUUGCAGAUGCCUCAAGUCAUGUAACUCAUCUGGAAGUGAAGUGUCUACAUUGACGGAUUAUCUGGUAAAGGACAAUUCAUGUUCACAGGCGAGCGAGUCAGAUCCUCAUUCCAAUGGGUCUAUAAGCUCAAAGAAUGAUUGUGUCAGUUCUCAGCUUGAUACACCUUUGGAUAAUGAGUUGAAAAAGCCAUUACCUCCUAUGCCUCCGUUGCCACCUGAGAAGGCUAUUCGUGCUGCAAUACUCAAGUGUCAGUUUGCAGAGACCAUCCUGAAAGCUAAACACAGAAAAGUCCUUGACAAGAAUAACAAAUCUGAUCUAAUUAGAAUACAGAUAGAAAAGGAACAGAUGGAGAAAACUCAACGUGAAGAGAAAGCUAGAAUUGAAGCAGAGAUAGCAGCCGCUAGGCUUGCUACAAGAAUGAGAGCAGAAGCGGAGUUGAAAGAGAAACGUGAGAGAGAACGGCUUGAGCUAGAAAAGAUGGUCAAAGAAGUUGACUUAGAAGAGAAUAACGCCUCGAAGUUUAACGAGAAUAUGAUUAAUCUAUGUGGUAGCUGUGAUCCGACAAGAACUUGGUUACCUGAGUUGGGUCUGUUUUUAAUAAACGAUGAUGAUGAUUCGGAUGAGGACGACUCGGAGGUUUCUGAUGCUAUGAGAAUCGACGAUCUUGAGGAGGGAGAGAUCUUGUAAUUUCUCUAAUAGAAACCUCUUGGUUGUAAUUUUUGACCAGAACAAAGGUUUUAUUAUAAUGACCUGAACUUUCUUAAUAUAUGAAACUAGAUGUUGGUUGCUCGUAGAUAUAUGAGAUAUUUUCUUGUAUUCUUCACAAUCUUUAUGUAAAAGAUUGCUAGACAAGAAAACCUGACUUUGUCAUGUCUUUUCUUGAGUAACUUCAGAAAGAGGAAACUGUUGUAAAUGCAAUUGUAUUUCAUGGAUGAAGAACACACAUGAUCAAUGUAGUGGAGAAUAUCAUAUAGACUUGAUAUUUUAACCAAGAUUUUGAGACUCUCUUUAUACUCUAUUUCCAUUUGUAUUUAAUAUGUUUCAUAUUAAAUGUCACUUUAAUAGUUUUUUUUAUCUAAAAUGUUAUCGGCUAAAUAAAUGACAUUAAUAGUUUUUUUUAUCUAAAAUGUUAUCGGCUAAAUAGAUGACAUUAAUGAAAACAUAAAUGCAUUUCAGUCAGUUUUUUAAUAUGUGUAAAAAUAUCUAAGUGACACUCUUUGUGAAACAAAAGAAAUAUAAAACAUAUGUUUUCUGUAGGGAAAAAAUACCUAUUUUAACGUUAACUUCAACCGUUGUGCAUUUUUAUUUUCGUGCUUUGUAUUACCGUAUAUUUCAUACUGAACAAAACAAAAAUUUAUAAAUAUUACAUAAACUUCAUUUGUCGUGUAUUUUUCUUUUCGAAGUUUAUAGUGGUACAUAUUCCAUAUUGAACUAAACAAGUAUUCAAAAAUACUACAUGAAUUCUCAAAGUUGUGCGUAUCUAUAUCUAUCUAUCUAUAUUUAUCUAUCUAUCUAUCUAUCAAUCUAUCUAUCUAUAUAUAUAAAAUACAGUUUCCUGUUUUUUUAGACAUGCCACAUGGGAUUCCAUGUCAUAAACUUAGAGGCUGAGAGCACGACACAUGUCCAUUUUCCUAAACACUGCGUUUCAUUAAUGUGACACUGGGCUCCUGCGUUUCAUUUUUUUUUGUUUUGGUUACAGAACAACACGCCGCUUCUAGGGUUUGUCAUAUUCUUCAGUCUCCGACACCAAAAGCUUUCUUCUCCGACGAAAUCGAUGGAGUUUCGAGAGUUACGGAUCCAUCGACUUUAUCAUCUUCUUAACUCCAUAGACUGACGUGAAGCACGAUCUAACAUAUUGAAUGCGUGUAUCUACACCUAUAUAAAGUUCGGACGCUUCUCCUCCACUGUUCAAGUGCGGUUGCUCAGGUUUCAGACGCAAUGGCAAGCUCAUGGGAGUGGAUAUGCUCUACUGGAUUCAAAGAUUGUUAUGUUUUGAAGCUUGCGUUCAUAAUUAUUUAAACUUUUUUGGCCUGUUAAAUCCUCAUUAUCAAGCUUUUCUAUUCAAAGUUUUGUUUAACAUCUUUUGAAGGAGAAAGUUUGAAACCAUUUGAAUCCUUCCGUUCACAUUUCUUAGAAACUCUGAAACAAGUAUGAGUUUCGAAUGUAUCCAUGGAGAUCCUCUCUCUCCUCUUCCAAAGAAGCUCUGUCGGGAUGAAAAACGUACCGGUUACUCAGAUGGUAAAGAGCUAAAGAGUUCACCGGAGAGACUUCCCGUUACCGUCUCUUCAUCCUCUUUGCACCAGAACCGGGCCUAAGAAGACCCGAGCCACCCCAGAAAGAACACGAUCUGCUGCACUUACCAAAAUCUCCCAAACACCAACCACCAAGCACGACUUCACCAGGUAUGCGUCUUAAUUAAGAGUUCAUGAUCGAUGGUCAAGGACAGGUCAUCGAACCUUAAUCCUCUUGAAAAUGCUGCUUCAGAUUCAACCAUUUCGAAGAACUCUUUGGGUUUACUCUUUGGGUUUAGGCUGAUGAUGUUUUACUUAGAAGUGCCUCUAUAAUAUAUAUAGAGUAAUUUUCUCUAAGGUAUAGUAAGGCGUGAAUGACAGAUUGUGACCUUUAAAUCAAUGUUGUUGGUGUUGGUGUGCCUGUUGUCAUGUUUCAAUAAACUCUGGUUUAUGUCUUCACUAUCCAGACGUUUCAAUUAUGUGUAUAUACAUGAAUUGUAUGUUGAGAUGUUUUUUGUUUGAUUUUGUGAUGUAGGCAGGAACAAGAAGAAGAAGCAGUUUCUUUAGAGUUUCUUUCCUGCCCUAGAUCUUUUACUAUUAGAAUUAUAGAUGAUUUUGCUACUCUAAUAAACAGAUGUGGAUUUUGUAGUGUUAGCGUUUUUACAUCUUCACGUUUAUAAUGUUAGUUGUAGUUGCAAAUAACAUAAACCCAUAAGUUAUAGAUGAAUCUAACUUAAUUAUAUUUUAUGUUUCUUGACAGUUGAAAUUUGAACCAUAUGACCAUAUUUUUUUCCUAAAGUUCUCUCUGUUGCAAGUUACAUGUAACGGAAAAGUUAUUCUUACAAAAUGUUUGUAUUUUUCACCUUUGCUUUAAACAGUUACAAAAAUCCUAAACUCUAAAGAAAUGAAUUAGGCUUUAAGAAACUUAGAAUUUCAUGAAAUUUUUCAAUUCAUAUGUUAUGUUGUUUUUUUAACCUGGUGAAAAUUUUAGUCAAAAGUAAUAAUAUAAUAAAUGUACAUUGUAUAAUUUAAAAUACAAUAAUUUAAAGAAUUAAAAGAAAAAAUUCGUAAAAAAAUAAGAAAAAUCUAUUUGGAUAUUGAUUUUACAAUUUCAUCAAAUUUAAGCCACAAAAAUUUAAUGAAUCUAUUUGAAGUUUUUCUUUUUGUCAUAAAAUUUAAACUUAGAUGAAUUGAAAAUUCGAAAGAACACCAAAAUUAAAAGUUAAUACAUAAUUAAAUAGAACUUUAAAAACAAUAUAAAAGAAAAAAAGAAAAUAUAAAAUAUAAAAAAAAAUUGAAAAUUUACAAUUUAAUGAAAUUUAUAUAUAUAUAUAUAUAUAUAUAUAUAUAUACAUAUAAUAUAAAUUUAUAAUUGAUAAAAAUAUUAAGAAAAAAUUAUAAAAAUACAAAUUAAGAGAAUGCAUUAAUGUAUUACCUCUUCAUUUUUAUCAAAAUAAAAUCAACCAAAAUUAAAAGAGUGUUUUUUUGUCAACCUCUUUUUUAAUCAUUAAACUUAGGUUAAAGAAACUAAUAAUAUACUGAAAAGUACAACAAAUAAUUUACACAUAAUCAAACAAAUAGUAAAAUAGAAUAUAAUAAAUAUAGCAAAUAAAAUAAAUAUAACAAAUAAAACAAAGAAUAUAAAAACAAAAUAUGAAAAAAAAAUUCUAUAAUAUGAUCAAGAGACUAAAGUUUUUAUAUCUAAAAAUGUAUUUUUUUUAAAAAUGCUACAACAUGAUUUCCAAUAAACUUCAAACCUAUCUACGAAAAUUAAAGAUAACUAUUUGCAUAGUAUGAAAAAGAGACCCAGUGAAAAAAUCUGACAGUAAAAAUAUUAAAGUUAAAAUAAAAAUAAAUAAUCUAAAAUACAACAAACAUAUCAAAAGAUCUAAACCGCAUAAAGAAAUAUAUCCUCAGAAAACCCUUUCAAAGAGCGAAUUACAGAAAAUUAGUUAAUUGCAACAAAACUAAAAAUUGAAUAUUGUAACAUCAAAUAUUUUAAAUUAAAAAGAAUGAUGAAACAACGAAACAGUUAUGAUAAAAUAUUUCAAAUUAAUGUCUAAAACAAAAUAUACAAUAUCCUGCGCGAAGCGAAGACUUGCCUUAUCUAUAUAUAUAAUAGUGUUUGUUUCACUCCCAUGCCGCCACGUCAUAGCCAUGUCACAAAGUCGAGUUGUGUGCUGUUGACACGUGUCCGACUAAUUAAAACGAUGCGUUUUGUUAACUAAGUUGUACGAUAGAUGUGGGUUUCAUUGUGUGAUUUUGGGCUUGAUAAUGUCCUCAAGGAACCCAGCCCGUUAAACACUUAAACUCUUGAAACUCAGCGUUUUCGAAAUUAGGGCUCCUCACAAUCUGAGAAACUGAGAUGCGGAAGUCGGCGUGACGACUCCGUUGGUUGGGGUUUUGAUCACGUCCUUUCACCUUCUCUUCAAUGUAUGUUAAUCUUCUUAGAAGUGGUGUUUCUAUGGUAUAAAAAGGGGAAACCAAAGGUAUCGACUUUAAGAAAUGGAGGCGAUGAUGCCGUAGCAGAAGCUCCGCCUUGGAAUCUGAGGACGAGGCGAGCUGCUUGUAACGAACCUGGAGAUGAGCCCACGAGGAUCACUGGCGUCAAGAGAGGUAGUAACGAAGGAGGUGGUGAUGGAGAUUCGCAGAAACUGAAAUUCUCUGUUUCUUUGUUGAGGGAAUUAGUCGAAAAAGAUUUCACGGCCUUCGAUGGUAAAAACCUCCUACAAGACCAAAGAAGAGACAAGGGAUAUUCAGAGUCAAAUGAAUCAGAGGAAGUAACAGCAGGCUCUUAUGAUUUAUGACGUCUCUGAUGAUCAAAGGUGUGAUUCCUUGGUUUCUUCAGUUUAGAGUCCACAAAAAUCAUGUUCUAUCAACUUUGUUUUAAACUUUUUCAGUUGUAAAAAGGAAGAACAAAUAUAGCAAUGUACCAUUUUUUAGUGAAUGAAGCUAUUUUACUAUGUUUCUUAA